UUUGAUGCUUUUCACUUUCAGUGGCCGAGGAGGGGCUCUGGGAGUGCGGACUUUCCUACGAGUGCAGGACCCUGCUGUUUAAGGCCGUGCACAACCUGCUGGAAAGAUGUCUCAUGGACAAAGGCUUUGUGCGAGUCGGCAAGUGGUUCUUCAAGCCGCACCAACUGCAGGAAAAGUCUCUGGGCAGCAGUGAGCACCUCUCGUGUUCCUUCUCCUUCUUCCUGCACGGGGAGAGCAACGUGUGCACCAGUGUGGAGAUCGCCCAGCACCAGCCUGCGUACCACAUCACAGAACAGCACAUUCACCUCGCACACACCUCCGUCACGCCAAUACAAGUGAUCCUAAGCCCAUACGGUCUGAGCGGUACUCUGACGGGUCAAGCAUACAAAAUGAGUGACCCGGCAGCACGCAAGCUGAUGGAGGAGUGGAGCUACUUCUACCCCAUGGUACUGCGACGGAAGGCGGGAAGCAACGAGGAAAACCACGAGCCGGCCGAUGAUCGCAACGCUCACGUGGCAGUGGAGGUGGUCGUCGGUGGCGUAAGGAUGACCUACCCAGCUGCUUUUGUGCUGAUUGCCCAGGGCCAGCUGCCGCUGGAGCCACCUCCACCUGCACCUGCAGCUCAGGGCCUCGCCAGAGAGCAGAAUCACUGCAGCGUGCCGCUCACGCCGCCAACAUCGCCGGAGCAGCCCUGCUCGGCGGACAGUGGAUUCGUGACCUCGGCCUCGAGUGUCCCAACCCCAGACAGCGGUCUCGGGGUCACCAGCCUGAGCCCAAAGCAUUCUGGGAAAAAGCUGACUUGUCAGGUGGUCCAUCAGGCCUGGAGGGAAUGCUACCUCAGCCAGUCUCAGCACAUACUAAAGCAGCCGUCCGACGUGACGCCAAAGAAGGAAGUGCCAAAUGGAGUCACCACGUGGGAUUUCAAUGACGUCGGGGCGCGAGCGCCGUGCAGCUGCUCGAGGCUGAAGCAGCAGAAGUUGACAACCGCCACGAACAUCUCCAACCCUCAGAACGGUGCCAAUCCGUCCUCUGGCUCAUCGUUAUACGCGUCUUCCAUACCCAAACACAAGACCAGCGACAAGACGGAAAAGGCUGACAAACAAUCCAAGAGACCGGCCAUGAUCCCCUUUCACCACCGUGUAUGCGCCACCCAGGAGACCCCCCUGGAGCAGGACUCACCUGGGGGGCCCCAGCUCAGUGGUCUGGUAGCACUCGAGCCACCGAUGGAGCCUCUGGCCACUCUGGCAAGCUGCAAGUAUCCCAAACAGCUCUCCAACGGAAGGAAAGCUCCGGAGUCACUUCUCUUGUCGCCAAUGUCUCCGCUCCCUCCCACGCUUAGCCCGCACCCCCGGGUGCAGGACCCAGAGGUACUGGAAGGGCCGCUGGACAUACACGUAUGUCAGGAGGCUGCGGCUGGCAUGGGCGUGAUGACCAGCGAGACGGCAGUGUACACGGCCUUGCUGAAGCAGAAGGAGAACGGGGCCGGCUGGUGGAGAGGCUUCCGGACUCCCAGGACUGAUAAGAUGGAUUUCAGACCUCCAGAGGUCUCGGCUGAUAAAGUAGAAGAGGGGAAAACGGAGGCAGUCCCCGAGGGAGCCUCGCUAAAGAGACUUUACACACAGGCGCACAAGAGAUUUAAAAUCUCAGACGAGAGAUUGCGGGAGCACGUCCAGGCACUGGGCCUGCUCCAGCAACCGGUUGUGGAGGUGCUGCGCGAGCCAGGGGAAGACCCCUACGACUUCAAGGAAGGCGACAUCGAGUACACGUUCUCCACUUCCAAGAGAUUAAAGAGUCAAGGGCGGGAAUCCGGCAAGAGAGCCAAGAGUGAAGAAAUCACCAGCAAUGGCCACCUGCCAGAUGGGAAAGACGCAAUGUCCAUUUUCAACUCUGCUCCCAAAUCAGAUGAGUCCAGUCAAGACGACGCCGCCGCCAAAGCCAAUCCUUCUCUGACCCGAGAAAAAGACCUGGUGGUCAACAUUUCGGAUCUGGACAACAUAUUUGAUGAAGAUGAGGAGGAGCUUGGGACGGUUUACCCCAACCAGCACUCAACCAAAGUCACAGUAUCCGCAGAGGAUCGUCCUCUGAGUAAAGAAGGCAGAGCGGCAGUUCCAUAUCCAUCAACAGUAGCAGACCUUCAGCGUAUGUUCCCCACGCCGCCCUCCCUGGAGCAGCAUCCGGCCUUCUCUCCCAUCAUGACGUACCGGGACACGCCCAGCCAGGAGCCCCCCGCACCCGCCGGAGCGCCUGACCACCUUCUGCCAGUCACCUCCAACCAGCUGCCUGAAUUCAGGAUGGAGCUUGAGGAAGGCAUUGCUAGCCCCUGGCAAGAAGACUUCAAAACGCAGGUGGUCUGCUCCAUGUUCGCGCCACUUUCCUGCCUCCCUAGUCAGAGUUUAGCACCGCUCAAGAUUCCUGAGCAGUGCUACUACCGCCCGUCCUGGGCUCUCCUGCCCAAAAUGGAGCACAUCCCAGCCGCCAUGCACGCCCACAACAGCAAUUUCGCCAGGGAUGGAUACACAAAUAUCCCAAGUGUCAGUGCUCUAACGGACCAGGACUACAACCAGAUGAGCGGCACCACGGCUUCAGUGAGCACCACGGUGGGCAUCCUGCCUUCCCCGGCCACGCCUCGUUUCUCCGUGCCCACUCCGCGCACCCCUCGCACGCCACGGGGUAUGAACCCCGCCAGCUCCGGCCAAGGUUCCGUGAAGCAGGACGGGACUGAGCUGAGUUCACCGGCUUCGACCCCUUCCACCAGCCUGCCCCUAAGCUCCGUGGAGCCCCUGGCUCGACCUCGACCUUGCCUCCCCGAGAGCCACAGCCUCUACGCCAUUCUGCUUCUGUCGGACUCCGUCCUUAACGUCUUCAAGGACCGCAACUUUGACAGCUGCUGCAUCUGCGCCUGCAACAUGAACGUCAAGGGGGCGGACGUAGGGGUGUACAUCCCCGAUUCGACCUGUGAGGAUCAGUACCGCUGCAUGUGUGGCUUCAGCGCCAUUGUGAACAGGCAGCUGGCCCACGGCACGGGGCUCUUCCUGGAAGACGAGUUGGACAUUUACGGCCGCUCCUCAGAGGUCGGCCGCGCCGCCGAGAGGAGGCUGGCCCUCGGCCGGCGGGAGCCGACGAUGGGCGACCCCCGAGCGAAGCGUCCUCAGGAUGCGGCGCCCGCCUCGCCGUCGGUUAUGGUCCUACUUCAGGAGCAGUGCUCGCAGCCCAUUUCCUCCCUUGCCUCGCUGCACCUUCCCCAUGCUUACUCCAGCUAUUCCCGCAAGGGAGCGCUGCUCCAGAGUUGGAUGUCGGAAAAGCAGUGGGCGGACGGGAGCGAUGCCUGUGUGGAGUGUUACAACGCCCUGGAGCAGGGUCUGCAGUAUGUGGACAACUCCACAGGAGGGAAAGUCGAUCCAGCUGUCGUCCGAAGUACCGCUCUGCAUCCCUGGCCUCACACCAACGUGGUGGACAUGAGCAUGUUGUCAUCCCAGGACAUGGUGCGCUUGCUGCUGUCCCUGCAGCCCUUUCUGCAAGAUGCCAUCCAGAAGAAAAGAACCGGACGGACUUGGGAUAACAUCCAACACGUUCAGGGUCCGCUCACCUGGCAGCAGUUCCAUAAAAUGGCGGGAAGAGGCUCGUAUGGUUCUGAGGAGUCCCCGGAGCCCUUGCCCAUUCCCACAGUCCUGCUUGGCUACGACCGAGAACGGGACUUCCUGGCACUGUCCCCUCUUGCCUUGCCCUUCUGGGAGAAGCUCUUGCUGGAGCCUUACGGGGGUCAACGCGAUGUCGCGUACGUGGUACUUUGUCCCAAUAGUCCUCCCCUGUUGGCUGCCGCCCGAGCCUUCUUCCAGGAGCUCAGCGCUGUUUACGAGACGUGUCGGCUUGGGAAGCACCGUCCUCUGGCCAAGGUGUCCCGGGAUGGCAUAAUCCGCGUGGGGGAGGAAGUGGAGUCCGAAAGGGUGGAGGAGCUCGAUGUGGACCAGUGGUUGACUGGUCCCUGGGCUGGAGAGCACCACACAGACAACCUCAGCAAACUGAAACUUUACGCCUAUGCCUGUAAGCUGCAGCUAGGACCCCAGCUGUCAGUCCUGCCUUUGGACAGCACGCUUUUGCUGCCAUCCAAAAUCCAGCCACCCAACACUUCAGCGCAACCUGCCCCCUCUGGACAACCUCAAGCAUGGACGUCGGACGCAGAGCCAGCUCCCGGGGCUGCCGGUUCAGUAAACGCCUCCACUCCAUCUGCAACACCCUCUGGCCAGACGGGGGAGACGACGCCCGGAGGGUCCAGCGAGUCCAAAGGACCCUUGAACACACCAGCAUCCAACACACCAGCAGAGAACCCCGACGUCACCGCCGAGCAGUACAGAAUCGGUAUCCCGACUGGCCCCGACUCCACGGACAGCCGCACCAACCCACCGGCCAUCGUUGUUUACGUCGUGGACGCGUUCCUGAGUCCGACUGGCACGCGGAGUGAAGGAGGGGAGGAAGAGGAAGGUGACGAAGUCGAGGCAGAGAGCGUGUGGCUGCUGGGGCUUCUUCGCUGCUACACGGAAAUGCUGCAUACCUUGCCCGAGACCAUUAGACCUGCACUUGUUCUACAGGUGGUGCCAUGCCAGUACCUCCUCCAGCCCGCGAGUGGCGAAAGCCAUUUAUACCUGCAGCACCUGCGCUCUCUGGCCUUCUCCUGUUACUCCCAGUGCAGACGCCUGCGGCCCCAGCACACGCACAUCAAGUCCCUGACCGGUUUUGGCCCCGUGUCCACCGUCACCUCGGUCCUCAAGAGCCCAGAGCAUCCCAGCCCAGUGCAUCUCUAUUCACCCCCCUUCAUCCUCGGGCCCACUCGGCCCAAGCAGCCAGAACAAGGAGAGAUUUGGGCCGAAAUCCCUGCCAGGUACAACGUGCUCUUUGUUGGAUACUGCUUGUCACAUGACCAGCGCUGGAUCCUGGUGUCAUGCACGGACCAGCAUGGAGAGUUGCUGGAGACGUGCAUCAUCAAUGUCGACGUGCCGAACAGGGCUCGGCGCCCGAAGGUGUCCGCUCGGAAGAUGGGUCUGCAGAAGCUGUGGGAGUGGUGCGUCGGCAUCAUCCAGAUGACCUCACUGCCAUGGAGGAUUGUGAUUGGUCGGUUAGGGAGACUAGGCCACGGCGAACUUAAAGACUGGAGCUCGCUCCUCGGGGAGCACUCGCUGCAUUCGAUAGGGCGCCAGCUCAGGGAGGCGUGUCGCAUGUGUGGCAUCUCAGUGGCGGACACCCCCUCCAUCCUCAGCGCCUGCCUGGUCGCCAUGGAGCCGCAGGGCUCCCUCGUGGUCAUGCCCGACGCGGUGACGAUGGGCUCCGUGUUCGGCCGCAGCACUGCCCUGAACCUGCAGACGUCGCAGCUGAACACGCCUCAGGACGCCUCGUGCACACACAUCCUCGUCUUCCCGACAUCCGCCACCACCCAGCUGGCGCCGAGCUCCUACCCCACUGAGGACAAUAACGACGACAUGUUCGACUUGCCCUUUCCUGACGAACUGGAGAACGACAUCGGCCACGACAUGAUGCUGAUCACGGGUAACCUCCACCCUUCCCCCAACACCUCCCCCGUGCCGUCGCCGGGCUCUCCAUCCGGAAUGGGGAUGGGAUCCCAUUUUCAACACACCAGGAGCCAGGGCGAGCGCUUGCUCUCCAGAGACAAUCCGCCGGAAGAGCUGAAGCAGCAGCCGCUGGCUCUGGGCUACUACGUCUCCACGGCGCAGGCCGGCGGCGGACUCCCGCACUGGUUUUGGGCUCCGUGCCCUCAAGCUGAGAACCAGUGUCCUCUGUUCCUCAAGGCCUCGCUCCACCACCACAUCUCCAUGGUCCAGUCAGAUGAGCUGGUGGCAGACAAGACAAAGAGGACCCCUCACCCGCUGGACUCCAAAACCACCUCUGAUGUGCUCCGAUUUGUAUUGGAGCAAUACAAUGCACUCUCCUGGCUGACGUGCACGCCUGCCACCCAGGACCGCCAGUCUUGCCUGCCCGUCCACUUGGCCGUGCUGGUCCAAAUGUACAAUGCCAUCCUCAACAUGCUCUAGCCGUACGCACCUCCAAUUCCUCAGCUCCGGGCCUUCUCAGCGUCCCCCCCCUCCCUCCCACUUUGCAACUCCUCGUCUCAGAGAGGACUCUCCCGGGGCCUGGAAUGUAAAUCCGAGUGACAAAAUGCUAAGCCAGUGCAGAAAAAAAAAAAUACUUGGAAAUGGCAGUCACGGUGCUUUCUCAUGGAGAGAAGACCCGAGUGGCAUUUUGAAACAAACGUCUGCAGACCUGUAAUAUUGUACAACCAGCAAAUUUGCAUGUCAACGCACACUCGUGGCAUUGUUGCGUCGUUUUAAAUUUUGUACAAAAAAAAAAGCGCUGUUGAAAGGUUCUUUGAACUCUUACGGGGGAGCGUUUUGCAAGCGGCACUUUUUCUUCACCUUUCAAAGGGUUGUAGAUAAGCGAUGGCGGUACAAAAAAAAAAAAAGAUGAAGACAGGCCGGGGUGUUCAUAAUGUAAAACAUUUGCAAAGAAUUUAAAGUUAUUUUGUCAUAUUUAAAAUGAAACAAAAGGGGGGGGGGGAGAAAGGCCUUUUUUUGUUGCCAUCUUUUGGGAUCUGAAAUGAACGUUGUCAAUUUAAUGCAAUAUUUAUACAAAUUAUAUCAUGUCAUAGAAUUUGAUAUCUGUACGUAUAUAUCUAACAAAUAUAUAUUACCUCUUCCAAACAGGCACUUAACGAAAGUAAAGGGUGAUGGACACAGAAUGAACAUCAGUUAAAAACAAAA